AUGGGUAUUAAACAGCUAUACCAAGUGAUCGCAGAAAAUGCGCCAGAUGCGAUCAAGGCAGGGGAUAUUAAGAAUCAUUUUGGUCGGAAAGUUGCGAUUGAUGCAUCCAUGAGCAUCUACAGUUUCCUCAUCGCCGUCCGCUCCGAAGGCCAACAACUCAUGAGCGACACCGGCGAGACCACGUCACAUUUGAUGGGCAUGUUUUACCGCACACUCCGAAUGGUGGACAAUGGAAUCAAGCCGCUAUAUGUUUUCGAUGGAGCCCCACCGAAGCUGAAGUCUGGAGAGUUGGCCAAGCGUAGUGCGCGCAAACUUGAGGCAUCUGAGGCGCACGAGGAAGCGAAGGAAACCGGGACCGCAGAAGAUAUCGAGAAGUUCUCGCGACGGACAGUAAGGGUUACGAAGGAUCACAAUGCAGAGUGCAAGAAGCUCUUGAAAUUAAUGGGCAUCCCAUACAUUGAUGCUCCGACAGAGGCUGAAGCGCAGUGCGCAGUGCUUGCUCGGGCGGGGAAGGUCUACGCCGCUGCUUCCGAGGAUAUGGAUACAUUAUGUUUCGAGGCCCCGAUUCUUUUACGACAUCUUACCUUUAGCGAGCAAAGAAAGGAACCUAUCCAGGAGAUUCAUCUGAAUCGUGCACUGGAGGGGUUGGGCAUGGAUCGGAACCAGUUCAUCGAUCUAUGCAUCCUACUUGGAUGUGAUUAUCUAGAACCCAUUCCUAAAGUUGGACCGAACACGGCGUUGAAACUGAUGCGGGAUCACGGGAGCCUCGAAAAAGUGAUUGAAUAUAUGCAGAAGGACCCCAAGCAGAAAUACGUGAUCCCCGACGUGUGGCCGUACCAAGAUGCGCGAGAACUGUUUAUCCACCCGGACGUCCGAGAUGCCAGCGAUCCGCAGUGCGAUUUUAAGUGGGAGGCACCGGACGUCGAUGGCCUGGUAGACUUUUUGGUCAAGGACAAGGGAUUCAGCGAGGACCGAGUCCGCAACGGCGCGGCCCGACUGCAGAAGAACAUGAAAACCGCCCAACAGUCCCGUCUCGAGGGCUUUUUCAAGCCCGUGGCCCGAACAGAUGAAGAAAAGGCCAACCUGAAGCGCAAGCACGACGAGAAGAUCCAGGAGCAAAAGAAGCGCAAGAAGGACGAGGCCAAGGCGAAGAAAGAGGCGAAAGCACGGCCUCGUGGCGCAGCAUAG